AUGGCUGCCAAUACAACCAAAAAAUAUCCAUUGGGCUCGCCACAAGAGCAAAUUAAAAUGUGUGAAAUCCAUGGAAAAACUAUUGAUAUGAUAUGUGAGGACUGUGAUGAAUUCAUUUGUGUUGAGUGUGCCAUAACAGGUCAUAGAGAGCACGAUCCGAAAACUUUACCCACGGCAGCCACCCAAAGGAGAAGAUGUCUAGUUAAUUUUCUGAAGAAGAUCAAGGAAGAGGAUCUGCCUAGGAUUGAUGAGAAGAUAGAGAAGAUUCCACAACAGAUUACAGAAAAUAUAGAACUGUGUGACUCUGAGAUUAAAAAGCUACGGAUGCAUUACGAUGAGAUAAUAGCCAGGCUGACAGACAUCAAAAAACGUCAUGAACAAACACUGAGAGACAGUUUAGUUAAAAAGAAAGAUCAACUGAACCAUGUGAAAUCUGAGUUAGACAAAAAGAAGAGAGGAAUUGUUGAGACAGUGGAAUUCAUGGAGGAGAACAACAGCACCAUGUCAGAUUACAGCUUGAUUGACAACCACAGAGAACUGACAAAAAUGCUGUCUAAGAUGAAGGUUCAUAUGACAAACUGUGAACAUUCAGCAAGGUUCAAUAGAGGUGAUAUCAAUGAUGACUUACUUGAGUCUUUGGUUGGAAAAACUUUCGAUUUAGGGAAUAAUGAAGUGACUCAAAUAAACUCAUUUCAAUAUAGAGAUAAACCAAUAUAUGUGUUGAAGGCAUACGAUGAAGACCAAUGUUACAUAAGAGAAUAUAAAUCACUAUAUACAGAAAAAGUUAACAAGGAAGGAGAAAGGGAACAUGAAUUUAGUAUCAUUCCAUAUGACAUGUGUAUGACUGAUACUGGUGAUGUUUAUUUCACUGACUUGGGUAACAAGUCCAUCAGGUGUCUGUCACCAUCAGGAUCUGUCUCUACAGUCAUCAGUACAGAUCCACUGGCACCAAUAGGAAUCUGUCAUUCAUUGGAUGGUGGACUACUGGUUACCUUGAGAGACAAUGAAUCAGAUUGUUAUGAAUUAGAGUCACACAGCAGAAGUUUGGUGAGACACAUCAAAGUGACAGGUGAUGUCAUCCAUGAGUAUGAGUACCAGGAGGACGGUCAGACCAGACUGUUUACAGUGCCACACAGAGUCACACAGAACAGUAACAGUGAUAUCUGUGUUGUGAACCUUACAAGUGACACUACAGGUGAACUAGUGAUUAUGUCUCCCUCUGGUCGUAUGAAGUCUGUCUACCGUGGACAGAACCUGAAAGAAAACUUUAAGCCAACUGAUGUAGUGUGUGACUCCCUCUGUAACAUCCUUGUUACUGACCCACCUAACAACCAGAUCCAUCUGCUGAGUCCUGACAAGGAGUUGUUAAAGUUCUUACUGACAGGGAAUGAAGUGAACCAUCCAUGCAGAUUAUCCCUAUACAAGUCUACACUGUGGGUAGGAUACCGGGAAGGACUUGUCAAAGUGUUUCAGUAUAGAUUGUAA